AUGAACUCGCGUUCAACUAAAACUCCAUACAAUAGUAUCUAUGAACCGAUUACGGUGAGUUCAUCAGAUUCAAACUGAUAUAGAACUCUUGUAUUUCAGAAAAAUGCACCCAAAGCCGAUGAACUCUGUUGUUGUCUUCAUGGAGUUCAGUGUGUCAUGGGUAAAGCGAAUUUAGCUGAUGCAGCAGCUGCAACUGAAAAACAGGAAGAUGAGCAAUAUGUGAAUUUGAUGGCACCAACCGCUGAAUCUAAAAUGGUAUCACAAUUGACCAAAAAAUUGCAUAAGUUGGCAGCUGAUGAAAGAGCAUCAAGAAAAUGUGAAGCUGUCAGUCUUGAAUCGCUUCAACAAUUGCCACCGCCUCCGGCUCAGCCUCAAUAUCGGAAACCGUACAUUAAUCCAACAGAUCAUAUCAUGCUUGGAACUGAAAAAGAUCAAACAACGACAUUUUCGAAAGUCACCGAUGAUUCCAAUUUCAAAUCAUGUGCAGCAAGCGUUUAUCUCGGUGUAAUGACACGUUCACAAGCCGAGCAACAAGUUGCCAAUAUCACUGAAUUUGCUAUUUAUCAUCAUUUCUCGAAAACCGCCAAAUUGGCAACUAUUUCUGAUGCAUUGCCUUUGAUAUUGGUUUAUAGAACAUCAGCGAAUCAAUUCAAGCAUUAUCCAAUUCGAACAAAUUCUUCGAGCGGUGGAGAAGUGCAAUAUUUUGUCGAUUAUGGAAGAGCAAAUGUUCGCAAACAUUGGUCAUUGAAUCAACUCGUCAAAUAUUAUCAGACUCAUGUUUCAUUCGAUGCCAAUAAUCAAGCAAUUGCUGAUGUAUUCAGCGACUGGCAUGAUUGA